CUCUUCUAGGGGGAUCUCCUGAAAAUGACUCACAGGGAGAACUGGAAAGUACAGCAUGAGCGCCUGCACGUGAAGCACCGGGGCCAUGAGGCCAUGCAUGCAGAGAUGGUGCUCAUCCUCAUCGCUACGCUAGUGGUGGCUCAGAUCGUACUGGUGCAGUGGAAGCAGCGGCACAACCGCUCAUACAAUUUGGUCACCCUGCUCCAGAUGUGGGUGGUUCCUCUCUAUUUCACUAUAAAACUCUACUGGUGGAGGUUUCUCUCCAUGUGGGGAAUGUUCUCUGUCAUCACCAGCUAUGUCGUCUUCAGAGCGACACGCAAACCACUGUCCUGUCGGACGCCACGGAUGGUGUAUAAAUGGUUUCUAUUGGUCUAUAAGCUGAGCUACGCGGUGGGAGUGAUUGGAUACCUGGUCAUCAUGUUCACAAUGUUCGGCUUCAAUGUCUUCUUCAGGAUCAAGGCUGAGGACUCCAUGGAUGUGGGCGUUAUCAUGCUGUUCUAUGGUCUGUACUAUGGAGUGAUGGGACGGGACUUUGCUGAAAUCUGCUCCGACUACAUGGCCUCAACUAUAGGGUACUAUAACCUGGGAGGAAUGCCGUCCAGGAGCCUGACAGAUGAUAUCUGUGCGGUGUGUGGUCAGAAGAUCCUCGUAGACGUGGAUGAGGAGGGGAUUAUAGAAGAUACCUACCAACUCUCCUGUAACCACAUAUUCCACGAGUUCUGUAUCCGUGGCUGGUGCAUUGUGGGUAAGCAGACGUGUCCGUACUGCAACGAGAAGGUCGACUUGAAGAGGAUGAUGAACAAUCCAUGGGAGAGAACACAUGUCCUUUAUGGGCAGCUCUUGGAUUGGCUGAGAUAUCUUGUUGCCUGGCAACCCAUAAUCAUCGGAAUAGUCCACGGAAUCAACUUCACCCUGGGGCUGGAGUAGUAGAACUCUGGGAUGAUGAUCGCCUUGCAGAACUCCCUCCCCGGAACUCCCUCCCCGGAACUCCCUCCCGGAGCUCCCUCCCCGGAACUCCCUCUCGGAACUCCCUCCCCGGAACUCACUCCCCGGAACUCCCUCUCGGAACUCACUCCCCGGAACUCCCUCUCGGAACUCCCUCCCCGGAACUCCCUCUCGGAACUCCCUCCCCAGAACUCCCUCCCCGGAACUCACUCCCCGGAACUCCCUCUCGGCACUCCCUCCCCGGAACUCCCUCUCGGCACUCCCUCCCCGGAACUCCCUCUCGGCACUCCCUCCCCGGAACUCCCUCUCAGAACUCCCUCCCCGGAACUCACUCCCCGGAACUCCUCUCGGGAACUC